CAAGGAAAGUAACUGAAGAAGAUGGCAUCUUGAUCUUCAUCUGACUCUUCAUGUUCUGUGUGACUCUGUCUUUGCCUUCUUUUGUCUAUCCAGUUUUUCCGCUAAAAUCUAAACUCUUUCCUCCACCUUUUAUCUUCCUUUGAUCCUCCACUUAAUCAUAUCUUCUGUCUCUUUCUCCUCUUCAAACUUCUCUUACUCACUCUCUUCCUCAUUGCCCCUUGUGUUUCUGUUGUGUUUGUUUAUCUAAUCUUGACUUUUUUUGACCAAGUUUCAAGUGUUUGGUUUUUGUUACCCGUCCAAAGCUUGCAUUUUUCAAAGUUUAGUUGUUGUUUAGUUUUUAUUUAAGAUUCCAAUUUCAAGUAUUUCUUUGCUUUUCUCAUCUGGGAAUCUUCUAGAACUCGCAUUUUUUGAAUCUUUUCUUGGUUCACUUCAGCUAUUGUGUGAAUUCUUGUUGAAAUAAGCCAUUGAGUUGAAGUUUGAGUUUAUAUUGAAGCCUUCUAUUUUAAGUUUUUCUUUGUUUUUCCCAUCUGGGUAUUCUCCAAAGCUUGCAUUUUUUGAAUUUUUCUUGGUUCAUUUCAGCUUCAUUUGUGUGAAUUCUUGUUGAAAUAAAGCCAUUGAAGGAUACCCACUUGAGUUUUUGUUAAAGCUUUCAAAUUCAAGUUCGUCAUUGUCUUUCCCAUCUGGGUAUCCUCUAAACUUUCCUUUUAAACUCUUUUAUGGUUCAUUUGAGCUCCAUUUGUGUAAAAAAGUGUGUUUAACUUGGCCAUUGAAGGAUACCCAUUGAUUACUAAACUAAAAGAUCAAUUAUUUCCCUCUUUCCCCUUCUGAAUAUCCUCCGAAACUAGCAUUUUCCAUGUUUGUUUUUUCUGAUUCAUUUCAGCUUCAUUUGUAUGAUUUCGUGUUAAAAUAAGUCAUUGAAGGACAUCCAUUUGAUUUCUGAUCCUGUCUUUUUCUCCACUUGCUGUUACUUAUUAAGCCACAAUUCAACUUCUUCACUCUUUUUCCCUUCUGGGUAUUCUCUUGAACUUACGUUAUUGAACUUUUUCUUGUUGCUUUCAGCUUCAUUUGUGUAAACUAUUGCUCAAAUAAGCCACAGAAGAAACUCCGUUUGAUUUAUACUUAACCUUUAAAUCCUGCUUCUUGUAGCUUGAUGUGGCCUCACUACUUUGCUUCUUUCUCUUGAUUUGUGCCUAUUUUCUUCUACAAGUCAAAUCAAUCUCUAAACUUCACUUCCACAUCUUGAUUCUCUCCACAACUCAUAAAUACUUGCAUUUCUUUUCACAAUUUUUAUCGGAUUUGUGAUCUUUUUAUGUUGGAAAUAGAAACAAUUUGUUAUGUCUUAUUACAGCCAUCCAGACUCAUCUAAUUGUUGCCCUUCAUCAACAUCUUCAACCGCUACAGCUGAGCUGAAGCUUUACCAAGCUUUUAUUUUUUCUGUUCCAAUUUUCUUCACUUUUAUCCUCCUCUUUUUGUUCUAUUUGUUCUAUCUUCGCCGCAGGCGAGUUGAUUGGGCAUCUCUUCGAAUGCGAAGCUCUCUACAAAACAAUGACCUCUCAAGGGCUGAAAUGGGGUUAAAGAAAGAAUUGAGAGAGAUGUUGCCUAUUAUUAUAUAUAAAGAGAGCUUCUCUAUCAAAGACACACAAUGUUCAGUUUGUCUUGCGGACUACCAAGCAGAAGAUAAACUUCAACAGAUACCCGCAUGUGGCCAUGCAUUCCACAUGGAUUGCAUCGACCACUGGCUUGCCACCCACACCACUUGCCCACUCUGUCGUCUUUCCCUCAUUCCUUCUCCUAAAGCUCCUAAUGAAUCACCUGACAUCCAAGAAGAAACUAGUCGAGAAUCUUCUGCCAUGGAGAAUAGUGAUGGAGCAUCUGAUCAACCAACAUCUGAGGCUUGUGAAGAAACUCAAGCUUCAGAACAUUCUGGGUUGAGGGAUGGAAAUACAGGAACAGCCCAAAACAAUUCUGAAGAGGAGGAAAGAAGUCCUCAACUUGUUGACCAAGGAAGCGAGUUUCGGGAUACAAGGGAUGAAAGUAAAGAGCAUGAUCAUAGCAGACAGAUCACGGCUGGAUACCAUGCACACACCAUAACAGUGAAGUCACAACGAUGCAGCCUAAUGCCAUUACGCACACCUAUUAUUCAGGCAAAACCGGUUGAGUAGCACGAAACUUCUGAGAUGACAAAUUCUCGUUCGCCAGGUAAAUGUAAUGAACAAAUCAUUGUUCAACUAAUGCUUCCUCGCCGUUGUGACCCCGGGCUCGAGGAACUGGUCAACGACAAGGAUUUUCGAAGAAAAAUCCGUGAGCAGAGAGAAAGGAAAGAGCAAAAGUGGAUGUUUUGGGAUGGAUACGGCUUAUUAAUGAUGUUUUGUUUAAUUUAAUAUAUAUUAUAAGGCUCUUUUGUACUUAGCUUGGAACUUCUAUUUAUAGGGGGUACAUUGUACAUGUGCAGUUUAAAGUGUAAUUUGAGAUAUAUAGUUAAAUUUGGAGUAAAUAUUGAAACUAGUUGAAAUUUAUUGAAA